CGUAUCCCAAAAAUUGGGUGACGUGAACGCACCGCUGCGACCCCACUGCCGGCGGCAGGGUGGGCUCCCGUCUGUAUAAAAGACCCGGCACACCAGCUCCUUAGGGAACAGGACUUCUUUCUCUCCCACCCUCGGCCUCCCAGCCAGCUCUACACACUACACUCGCUCUCGCAUCCUCCCCUGCAGAUUUGCCAGUACGACGGUCCAUAAGACUUGCACUUGAUAGCAUUUUCUGCAGCACUCCUCCGACAAGAUGCACUUCUCUGCCUUCCUCGCCGCCACGGCCGCCGUCCUGGCCAGCGCCAGCCCGAUGCCCAUCUCGAGCAUCGCCGCCGCCGAGGUCGACAAGAUCUGGAACGUCACGGGCUGGGAAGCCGGCUGCAGCCGCAGCGGAUGCUACGCCGGUUUCGCCGUCUCCGCGCCCGCCUCCACGGGCAACCCCGCGGCGCCGGCGCUCAACGCCACGUGCAGGAUCGAGAACGAGGGCGGCGCGUACAGCCCGUGCGAGUGGAAGGGCGACGAGCCGGCGGCGGGCAGGCGCGUCGUCUCGCGCCUGCUGCCGGCGAUCCGCGUCGACGGCGAGAACACCAUCGCCCGCUUCGAGGUCAGCUUCGUGUACCCGCACGGCACCACGCCCGGCGCCUACUACAACUGGACCGCCCAGGGCAACUCGUCGUAUAACCAGGCCGUCGAGCCGCCCAAGAACUUUGCCAUCCCCGUUACCAAGAUCUUCGGUAUCGCCUAAGAGGGGUUUGACGACGAUGGGCGCGCUGUUGGAGUAGAUGUGAGUUGGAGUUGAAGCUGUGUGGUUAACAGGACAAGGGUGGAAGGCGAUAAUACUGUGUAUAAUAAUACCUACUCAAGCGUAAUGGAGCUUGCCCGUGCGGCUAUUCAUCCAGCGCCUCUCCCUCCCCUGGCAUGCGUCGGUGACAUGUUUAUGAGUUGACC